ACUAUGACUAUAAUUCAAAAGCUAUUUGUGACUAUUAUUGGAAUAUGCUUGAUCCUUGCCUCGUCAAGGGACCUAUUCCUCCGGAAGAGAGAAAACGUAUUUGCGAAUUGGUUGAAGAAUAUCUAAGAACAAACGGCUCUAUUCCAUCCCAAAUUCCAUGGAAGGGUUUACAACCUAAGGUGCAAACGGAAUUUGGUAAAUUACGCUCGCGAAAUAGUCUUAAAAAUGUUUGGAACUCUAAUAAAAGGCGUACCAAAAGAUUAGUUAAAAGAAAUGACCAACUCGCUUUUCCAAUUAAUGAAUCUGGAACUUACACCAAACAAGAAAAACUUGAACUUCGAUACCUGUUGAAUAAAGAAGAUGAAAAUGAUAAAAAUGAAGAUAUGGAUUUAGAUAAAUAAGUGUUAG